GUGACAUAAAGCUACCACUACAAAACCCUGAUCUCUCAGUGCCCGCCCUGCUUAUGUCGAUAACAACUCUGUCCCACCAGGUCCGCAUAACAUUAGAAGAGGCUCCAGAUGAUGCGCGACUAGAACAGGCUCUCCAGGUUGUAGAUGAAUUUGUCCGUGAAUGUGCUACAUCUAAAGAGCCAGAUGUUUUACUCUUCCAACUGGAAGAGGAACUCCAAUCAUUCCACAGCAAUACAAUCACUCACAACUCCCUCCAGCACACUGCAGUACUAUUGGCCAUCCUAUUUCGUUUGCGCCCCUUGUUAACAUCAAUUUCACUCAUCUCUACAUGGUUCGACCUAGUUCUUCGUCCUGCCUUGCGAGAACCACGGCUCUCCACUCCGGCUGUCAAUCACGCCAAAGAACUAAUCAUCUUAGCAGCGGUUGGGACAGACGAAAAGCAUCCCGAGAAGGUGGCCGAAUUUCGACGUCGCCUCCUUGACCUUUAUGUUUUGGAUGCAUACAAUGAAGGAUCUGGUGAUGACUUGCUGGAGUGGGCCGAACUCGACCAGGAACAGAGGGAGAAAAGAUCGCUGUGGAAGUGCAAUCUAGAAGAUGUUCUCGUGAAGUCUGGGUUGCGUCGGCUUCAGGAUUUCAUGUCCGCAAUAAACUACUCCUUUGCAACACCGUCGUUGCGUCUGCAACUAUUGAUCCUGCUCAAUCGAUACACUUCAGAGCCGUCGUUCCAGUCCCUUGCAGCAGCACUUGCCGACCAUCCUUUGUUAGAUAGUCUCCUCAACUCGCUACUACUGGACAAUUCUUCGACGGUGUGCACCAUUGGAUUGACCGUCAUAGUCAAGCUUCUCCCUAUCUUUGCUGUAAAAGCAUGUGAGAAGCUGAAGACGAUGCUCCCUCGUCUUCUUGCAAUUCUUGCCAGAAUAAUAUGCUGGAAGGCAAGAUCCGUUCCUAAACCGGCAUUUGAGGAGGGAGCUGAGGAUACAGACGAAAGCUCUGCAAAUGGCGAUGCACAAGCAUUAGCGUAUAACGAGUUCACUGCAUCCUGUGACCUGCCCUUACGACCUGAGCUCGGCUGGGAAAGGCUGGAGCUCAUGUUUAACGCAGCAUCUUCCACUCCACCACCUGGGAUUUAUUUCUCCUGCCUCUACUAUCUUUUCCCAUGUAACUUGCUCCGCUUCCUACGUGGUCCAUCAGCGUACCUUAACGAUAGACGCUAUGAAUCUCCCUUCUCUAUUAGUUGGGAAGAUGUUCUCGAUGAGGACAACAUAAGGAGCAAAUCAGAGUCACUUUUGCGAGGAAGAAUCGUCAAUUCAAGAGUCAUAUGGGGAGAUUGGAGGAGGGAGUUGACAGAACCCGAUACGUGGGCAAAUUACAGUGUCUCUCGCAUCGCCAGCGAGUGCACGAUGCUUGAUGUGCGAAAUACAGCUUUAGGUAGCAAGCAGUCCUAUGCUGGCAUCGCGUCAGCUGCUUCAGAGCCAUCGCUCCUCGGGUCAACUACCAUAUUUGACGGAGAUACUUCAACGGCACCAACGCCUCACCCUGGCUACGCAGAACUGCCAGCUGCAAAACCCCGCAUCUCACUGGAGAGCAUGAUCACGGCAUCCGUUGCACUCAAAUCCAACCUGGAUGUGGAGAUCGAGGCCCCAACCGCCGCCUGGUCAUCUCUGUUGUUUCCUACAGGGAGCAGUUCUCCGACAAAGCGCGCUUUCGAUAUACCGUCAGAGCCAAAUACUUACAAUGAACAACAACUUCCAUCUCACGUUGCACAGGCAAUUUCUGGUCUCCAACGUGAAGUCCUACUUCUGCGAAAUGAACUAAACUUUGAGCUUUGGCUUUCACGGGAGAACGUGAAACAUAUUGGGCGUCUUUACCAAGAUCGGAUUUUGUCGAAAAAUGCAGAAGUUGAGCAACAGGGGCUGUUCAACAAGCUACGCCACUACAGAGCCGAGGUUCAGCGGUUAGAUCGUCAGCUGAGGGAUCACAGGGAACAAUCAUCAUCUGCAAAGAACAAAUAUGCUGAUUGGAAUACCGAACUGCAGAACAAGCUGAAAGAGUUUCGGGAGGAGAAGAAGGCAUGGGUCUCUGAAGCUGCCUCGCUACGGACGGCGGAGAAAGAAGCUCAGGCUCUUUUUGCUGCUCAAGGACAAUUGCUCGCGGAUGCAGUCAAACAAGUAUUUGAGCUUGAGACUCAGAGGAAGGAAACUCAGCACAAGGUCGACCGCCUAAGGGACUACGAGCGACAGAUUGAGCAGCACAUUCGCAUGCAACGUCUCUGGGAUGCAGACUUCCAGAAGUUCAAUGAUCGGGCUGAAGAGCUCCAACAACUAAGAACGCAAUACAAGCAGAUGGAACUACAUCUGGAGAGCUAUCAAAAGACAUUCGAACAAAUGAGUGACGAUGCUCGGAGCCAUCGACGGCAAAACCAGGCACUAGAGGCCCGUCUUUCUGUACUUCAAAAGAGGUGUGAUGCCUCCCGACGCCUUCCGGAGGCUGAGAUAGCAGCAUUUAUGGAAGAGAAGUCGGAGCUUGCCGCAGCCAACACCAGGUUGAGGGAGGAAAACGCUGAUCUAAAGGACGAGAUGGGAGAGAUGAGAGCAAGGAUGGAGCUUAUGAAGGCUCAGAUUGAUGGACAUAAAGGCCUGAUCGGCGAAACGCGAUCCAUGCCAGCACUAUGAACCCCCGACUAGAUGUUGAGGUAUGACCUUGAGUAAUUACUGAUGUACAAGGAAUCCAG